AUGCUGCAGCAAAACAGCUCGAACCAGCGCGAUCCGUGCCCUUCCACCGGUUUCAAUGGCUCAACUGUGUUGAGGAAGCUGUUGUCUGUCGUACCUAAGCGGAUUAGUACCUACACAAGAAGGACACCACUGAAGACGAUCGCAUCACCACAAAGCAACUAUACACUUAGAGACCAUCGAUACCAUUCAACACACGGCGUCACCGACUCGAUAUACCGAAGCUUACCUAUACGACACAGACCGACGUCAACGAUGAAUCUUCUUUAUUCGACCGUCAACACACUCCGCGACCGGUACACGCCGGUAUCGCACAAGUCCACCUUCCGCCAGACGGGCCAAAUCACCCCCGAAGAGUUCGUCGCCGCGGGCGACUACCUCGUCUACAAGUUCCCGACCUGGUCCUGGGGCGACGCCGACGCCGACAGCCGCCGCGUCAGCUACCUGCCUCCUGGGAAGCAGUUCCUCGUCACGCGCAACGUCCCCUGCAACCGCCGACUCGACGACGACUUUGCCGGCGAUGCGGGCCACGAGGAGGCCGUUGUGGAGGGCGGCAAGAGCUCCGGGACCGGCGACGACGAUGAAGAUGGCUGGCUUCGCACGGGCGGGCUGGCGAGCUCGCAGCCGCUCAAGGUGAAGGAGGUGCGGACGGUGGACGACUCAGGAAAUGUGGGAGACCGGGAGGUUGUGGAGGAUGACGAUGAGAUUCCGGAUAUGGAGGAUGAAGAUGACGACGAGGCCAUCAUCCGCGAUGCAGGAGACAAUGGAAAGAACAGCGGCCGGCGGACAUACACCCUCUAUAUCAUGUACUCAACGUAUUACCGCACACCCCGCCUAUACCUCUCGGGCUACUCGCCCAACGGCCAGCCGCUACCGCCGCACGCCAUGAUGGACGACAUUGUGGGCGACUACAAGGACAAGACGGUGACGCUCGAGGACUUCCCCUUCUUCGCCAACAACAUCAAGAUGGCGAGCGUGCACCCGUGCAAGCACGCGUCCGUGAUGAAGACGAUGCUCGACCGCGCCGACGGGGCCCUGCGCAUCCGGCGCGAGAAGCUGCGCGCCGGCAAGGCCGUCGGUGGGGACCAGGGCAUGGAGGGACUCGUUGACGAGCUGGGCAAGCUGGAUGUCAAGGAUGCUCAGGCCGCUGCCGAUAAGGACGGCGAGUGGGAGGAGGUUGAGCAGAGCGAGGUUGACGAGCAGGAGGUUGCGAUCCGGGUGGAUCAGUAUCUGGUUGUUUUCCUCAAGUUCAUGGCCAGCGUCACGCCUGGUAUCGAGCACGAUUUCACAAUGGGAGUAUAG